GUGAGACACAGAGAGAGAGAGAAAGCGAGAGGGAGAGGGGGAUAGAGAGGGGGAAAAGAGAAGGGGUGGGAAGCAAGGAAAGAGAGGUCGGUGCGUGCGUGUGUUUAUGUCUCACUAUGUGACAAAUGGUGAGAGAGAAGGACUGAGCUGGAGAGCUAGAAGAAAAAAACAACCAAAAAGAAGAAGUUUUCCCGAUUAAUCGUCGAAUAAUCGCCAGGAAUACGUUCCGCUUCGCAGGCAAAGGGGAAAAAGGAUUUACGCAGGUGACGGAACGCAGGAUCUUUGAGCCAUGCAGAGGCCGAGCGGUCCAGGCACGGCGUUUUCCAUAGACUCUUUAAUCGGAACGCCGCAGCCGCGGCCGGGACACUUGCUCUACACGGGCUACCCGAUGUUCAUGCCGUACCGGCCGCUCGUCAUCCCGCAAGCUUUGUCCCACUCGCCCCUGCCGUCGGCCAUCCCACCGCUCGCACCGUUGGCGUCCUUCGCCGGGCGUCUAACCAACACGUUCUGCGCAAGCCUGGGCCAGGGAAUGCCCUCCAUGGUGGCGCUCACCACCGCGCUGCCGGGCUUCUCGGAGCCCGCGGACGGCUUCUACGCGCCGCAGGAGAUCUCCGGGCCCCGGCUGAGCGCGGACGCGGCGAUCGGGCGCCAGGAGAGUCCGCACGAGGAGCUGCACGCGCGCGACAAGGCGGCCGCCGAGCUACUCAACUUCUCGGAAACUUUUCACGGCGUGGCAGGUGAGACCAAGCUCUACAGCUCGGACGACGAGAAGCUGGACCUGAAGUCCGCCGAGGCGGCGUGCAGUGAGCGCGAGGACAGCUCGGGGGACAGCGAGAACGAGAGCUUCUCGGACGGCCACAGCUGCAACUCCAAGGGCAAACUGAAAGCGGAGCCCCUGAGCUCGGCUUCGGCGGCGGCGGCGGCGGCGUCGGGCGCGUCCUCAGCAGGCAAGAGCCGGCGGCGGCGGACAGCGUUCACGAGCGAGCAGCUGCUCGAGCUCGAGAAGGAGUUCCACUGCAAGAAGUACCUGUCGUUGACCGAGCGCUCGCAGAUCGCGCACGCGCUCAAGCUCAGCGAGGUCCAGGUGAAGAUCUGGUUCCAGAACCGGCGCGCCAAGUGGAAGCGCAUCAAAGCGGGGAACGUGAACAGCCGCUCCGGCGAGCCCGUGCGCAACCCAAAGAUCGUCGUUCCCAUCCCGGUGCACGUGAACCGCUUCGCCGUCAGGAGUCAGCACCAGCAGAUCGAGCAGGGCGCGAGGCCGUGAACUUAACAAAAAAACAAAAAAGAAUAAUACAAAAAAUACAAAAAAUUGCGCGCUCCAAGACUCCUAAAUGCAUAAAAAAAAAAAACAAUGCAUGAAGCACAAAAAAAAAAACAACAACCGGGAAUUAAUCGCAUCUAGACGGAUUAUUGUUCGAACUAGAUGUCAUUUUUUUAUUUAAGAAAAAAACAAAAAAAGAAUUAUAGUAUUUUUUUUUCUUAUAACGUGGCCAUGUCUUUAAUUUAUUGCUUUGUAAAUAACGUGUAAAUAGAAACCACGUGUCUGACGCGACACGCCCAUGUGCACUAUGAAAUGAAAUUUGUUUAAAAACGUUUUUAAACAACAACAACAACAACAAAUAUUUAUCACUUGCAGUCUUGUUUAUCUGCAUGUUUCUUUCUUUUUUUUUCUCAAUGUUGUUCUCACAUGUUGCACGUGUUUCUCCAUUAAUCAUCAUCAUCAUCACCAUUAUCGUGGUGGUCUUUAGAGACCACUUAUUGAUGGGAAAAGAAAAUCUUCAAGAAACAAUAAUCGGAUGAAAUGAAUAAACAGUUGUAGUCUGAAGGACGAGGAAAAAAAAUUGCAAACAAAAAAUUGCCUAAUUGGCCUAAUUAUGAAUAAUGGGUCCAUCAGGUCUUAAAUUAGGCAGGAUGACGUAGCAAGUAAUUAACCAAUAGAUUAAUUGAUACGUUGCUCACACGCAUGGCGGGGUUCGUUUCUUUUUUUUUUUUUUUUAAAAAGGAGAAUUUUUUUUUUUACUUUUACAAGAUCGGAAAAAAUCUAAGAAGUAGGAAAAAAAUUAUAUACA